AUGGGGAGGUCGCCUUGCUGUGAGAAAGCUCACACGAACAAGGGCGCGUGGACCAAGGAAGAAGACGACCGGCUGAUAGCCUACAUAAGGGCGCACGGCGAGGGCUGCUGGCGGUCGCUUCCCAAGGCGGCGGGGCUUCUCCGGUGCGGCAAAAGCUGCCGGCUCCGGUGGAUCAACUAUCUCCGGCCAGAUCUCAAAAGGGGGAACUUCACGGAAGAGGAAGACGAGCUUAUCAUCAAGCUACAUAGCUUGCUCGGCAACAAGUAA